GCUGUCGAGGUCGUCCAAGAUGGCGGACACCACCGGAUGCCCGAGCGCCGCGCCGAUCACCAUGAAGCUCCUGGUGGACUCGAGGCCGCCGCGGCCGCGCGUGGUGUUCGCGGAGGCCGGCAAGGACGCCGUCGACUUCCUCUUCUCGCUCCUCACCCUCCCGGCCGGCACGGCGGUGAGGCUGCUGGGGAAGGAGUCCAUGGCGGGCAGCGUCGGCAACCUCUACGCCAGCGUGGAGCGGCUCGAGGGCAGCUACCUCCGGCCCGGCUUCGCCAAGGACGCCCUCCUCUGCCCCGCCGCGCAGGCGAGCCCGCUCCUCCGCCUGCCGGCGCCGCCGGCCCCGGCCCCGAGGAGCUUCUUCACCUGCGGCGCCAUCAACCACUUCAACUACCAAGGCUGCCGCGGGUACGUGUCCGACGCGAGGGGCGCCCGGUGCCCGUCCUGCGGGAACGAGAUGGCGACCGAGUCCCAGUACGUGCCGCCGCCGGCGACGGCGUCCGCCCAGCAGCAGCAGGAGCAGAGCGCCGUGAAAGGGUUCGUGCAGGGGGCCGUGACGUACACGGUGACUGACGACCUGGCCGUGACGCCCAUGUCGGCCAUCUCCAGCAUCGCGCGGCUCGGCGCGCUCGCCGCCGUCGGGGGCCUCGCCGCGCUCCAGGAGAAGACCGUGCAGCUCGGGUACAAGGAAGGCCUGGAGAUCCUCAAGGCCUCGCUGCGGUCCAAGACUGUCCUCACGGACGUCUUCCUCUGCACCGGCGGCAAGAAGCCUCCUCCGUCGUCCAAGAACGGCAACGGCAACGGCGGCACAAGAUACGAGUGUCUCGCCUGGCGUGUUUGAGUGCGUGAAGCCUUCACUGUUUGGACGUGCAGCUUCAUCUUCAUCUAACGGAUCAAAGCCACAAAAUGGAACAAAGUGAUCACAGGCAUACACAUGUCCACCUAUCAUCAGGGGAUUUAUUAUCUUAAAAGUAUAUACAUUUUAGCAAUAAUGCUUGAUGUAUAUAUCCAGCUUGAAUUUUCUAAAAUGUUUUAGAUAGUUUUUCGAAUGGUAUGUACUGAAAUUCAUGACAUGGUGUGUAAUAGUUUACAAAUAGAUGAUUAACUGGAAAAUUGAAUAUUCCUGAAUGGUAUGGAAUAACUAAUUAAGUGGAAUAUUUUUUCA